AUGCCGGCCGCUGGCCACCCGGCCACGCUGGCCACCUUGCUGUUGUGCAUCUUGCUCUCAGCCAUGCCCGCAGCCAACCAUGCUCACCCGUUUCAACUUGCAGACCUCGUUGGCCCCAACGCUGCCUCAACCUUUUUCAAAAACUUUUAUCGUCGCAACUACCUGCACAUUUCCCGCCACCUGGACAGCUUGAUGCCCUUGGAUUCCUGGUUUGGUGACCUUCAAAACAUUGAUGUCUUCAUGACCGAGCUAUAUCAGCAGCUCUACGAUGAUAGUGCUCUUUCCUUCAAGACCGCCAACAGCACCAAGCUCCCCUUCCCCAAGGCCGCCACCUGGAUGGACUACAGUGACCAAUUCUAUCGCUCUGGCCAAUCUGCCGUCAUUCGGCGCGAGCACAUGAGCGUAAGUAAAGAGCCAAUUGAAAUGCUCAUCAGCGACGUCUUUGGCUCUCCCGAGGUCACGGCCCACGCGUAUAUUUCCGCCGGUCAAGCUCAUGCCUUGAAGCCACACACGGAUCCGUCAGUGCCUCUGCCCCCUGGCGUGUGCUGCCCGCUUACCCGUUUGCCGCCCGUGUAUCUCACCUCGUUGUGCUCCGCCAUGGUAGCUAUGACGUUUUUGUGGUUCAAGUCACUGGCCAAAAAGAAUGGCACCUAUGUCAAGCUCUCAACAGUAGUCAGACUUGGCCCUCGGCUUCACCGGCAGAACUAG